CCCUCUCUCUUUGUCUCCCCCCCCAAAACCAAACCCUAACUCGUCCUUCCCCGAACUACGGUAAAUUGCUCAUGCUCGUGACUCGUGCUCGUGCUCGUGCUCAGCCUUCUGAUUCCUCGGGUCGAAUCGCUAAUGCCCGAAUCGCGUCGAUCGACCGCACCGACCUUCGAGCCUUCCGCAUCAGGCGCUUCGUAUGGAGGUCUUGAGGGAGGACAUGUCGGAACAGGAGAUUGGGAGCUCGCCGGAGUCGUUCCAGAAGUUCCUGGGCUCCCAGAGAGAGCUCUUCCACAGCCAAAUCGACCGGCUUCAGAGCAUCGUCGUCACCCAAUGCAAGCUCACUGGGGUGAACCCUCUCGCCCAGGAAAUGGCGGCUGGAGCAUUGUCAAUAAAAAUUGGAAAAAGACCUAGAGAUUUAUUAAAUCCUAAGGCUGUGAAGUAUAUGCAAUCAGUUUUUUCUAUUAAAGAUGCAAUUAGCAAGAAGGAAUCCCGGGAAAUCAGUGCUCUUUUUGGAGUCACAGUCACUCAGGUUCGCGAUUUUUUUAAUAGUCAACGGUCACGAGUGAGAAAGUUCGUACGACUCUCAAAGGAGAAAGCCAUUAGAUUGAAAGCUCCAAAAGAUUCUAAUGCUGUUCUCCCAGUAAAUUCUGAAUCAGCAACGGCAACACCUGUUGAUGCGCUUCCAUUAAACUCCAUUGCACCUGAUGUUGGAGAUCCCUCACCUUGCCCUGUACAAAAUGAUCUCUUGCCCGGCAUAGACGAGGCUGAUAAAGAGUUUCUUCAAAAUAUCUUCACACUUAUGGGGAAAGAAGAAACAUUCUCUGGGCAGGUCAAGUUAAUGGAGUGGAUUCUGCGGAUAGAGAAUUCUUCAGUACUUUCUUGGUUUAUGACCAAAGGUGGUGUAAUGAUCUUGGCAACAUGGUUGAGCCAAGCAGCCACUGAAGAACAAACCAGUGUGCUUUCUAUCAUCCUUGAGGUUCUCUCUCAUUUGCCUCUACAUAAAGCUCUUCCUAAUCAAUUGUCUGCCGUUCUCCAAACUGUUAACAGACUGCGGUUUUAUAGGACAUCAGAUGUAUCAAACAGGGCAAAGGCUUUGCUAUCAAAAUGGAGCAAAAUGUUUGCACGAACCCAGGUUAUUAAGAAGCCCAAUGGCGUGAGAUCUUUUACUGCUAUGCAGAAAGAAAUGAUGGUGAAGCAGAGUUUUGGUGAAAUCAUGGGUGAUGAAGCAUGGCAUUCAGAUAACAGUUUAUCUGAAGAGAUUCUUGCUUCGUGCGAAAAUUUGGAGGUUACCAGGAGGUUGGAAUCUUCACAAGCACUAAAACUCUUGCCUGCUCCAGCGGAUGAUUCAAGCAGGAAACACGCCCUCAGUGCAACUUCAGCCCAAAAUAGAGAACGCAGGAAAGUGCAGAUGGUGGAACAGCCUGGCCAGAAAAUGGCUGGCAGAAGCCCACAAGCUUCCAGACUGGCUUCUGUUAGCCGCAGUCGUCCAAUGUCUGUUGAUGAUAUUCAGAAGGCAAAAAUGCGUGCACUGCACAUGCAGAACAAAUAUGGAAAGAGCGGGUCCUCUUGUAAUGAGAGUAAUGAAAUAAAAACUGAAAGUUCUGUUAAAAUAUUGACGACUAAGACAGUCAAUUUGCCUCCAGCAGCUACAGUUCAUGUUCAGUCUGAUGGUGAACAACAAAAGAAUGUGAUGCCCUCUGAAGCUCCUCAUAAGCUUGAUGUGUCGUUUCCAAUGACCAAAUUGGAUUCAAGGGAGACUGUAUUGGAGGAGUGUAAGAGGGUUCGGAUCCCCUGGAAGAGACCGGCAGAAGUAAAACUGAACGAUCAGUGGAGGGUGGGCGGAGGUGAGGAUAGCAAAGAAGUUGAAUUCCAGAAAAACAGGAAUCGCCGUGAGAAAGAGACUUUCUACAGGACAGUCCAAGAGAUACCUCCCAAUCCCAAAGAGCCCUGGGACCGCGAGAUGGACUAUGAUGACUCGCUAACCCCAGUGAUUUCUAUUGAACAGUUACCCGAUGCUGAUGUCGUCCCAGAAACACAGGUACCUUCUAAUGACAACGCAAGAGCAGGACUGUCUUCGACAUCACAAAACAGUAACCCUGCUGCAGCAGAGCCCGAUCUUGAAUUGCUGGCUGUGCUGCUCAAGAACCCGGAGAUCGUUUUUGCACUGACCUCGGGGGGAGCCGGGAACUUAUCGAGCACAGAUACAGUGAGACUUCUCGAUAUGAUUAAAGCCGGAGGUGGAGCAGCAAAUUUAGUGGCUGGGAAUUUGAAUGGACUCGGUGUUGGUGCUGGCGCUGUUGCGGGUGGCAGAAGAGAAGGGAGGGUUGAAGUAUCCCUCCCAUCCCCGACGCCUUCCAGCAAUCCUCCUGUAACGGGUGCUUGGGCAGCAGAUGCUGUGAAGAAUCCUUUUUCUAGGCACGCUUCAGCUUCGGCAGCGAGUACAUCAGGAAUUUUCCAAGGACAUGUCUCCGCCACCAUGCCACCGCCCCUACAGGCCUCCAAUUUUCUUGCUACACUUCAACAAGAAGCAAGAAAUGUCCAAAACUCGCAGUCUCAAUCAAGUCAAGUUCACACACAUUCGAUGAUGGCCCCAUCUCUGCAACAUAGAGUUCCCAUCGAGUCUGCAGCUGUUCAAUCACAAGCCCAGGAAGUGUUUGCUCCCACGAAUGGAGUACUGAAUCCGAGCUUGACGGGAAAGAGGCCAAUGCAUUCACUUCCAUAUUCAGCAGUCGCAUCGCCGCAGCUGCAGCGGGUGCAUUUGUCUCCUUACCCUGGUGGUCCCGGUCCAUCCAUGGACAUGAAUUCUUCAUGGGGAGGUGGACGAGAGACAACUCAUCAGUAUAGUCACCCUCAUUCUUAUUCUCAAACUAACCAAUCUAAUUUUAGUGCCCGGGCUUCGAUCUAUGCCCGGGAGGAUUUCGAAUCUUGGAGCCAGGAAAAUAGCCCGACGAGGUAUCCACCUGGAAGGAACGUCCCGGAGACGAGGGCAGCUCCUGAUCGGUCUUAUGGGCCGGAGAGUUCGAGGCACGGGAGCUCCUCCGGGGUCUGGGACCAUAACAGGGACUAUAAUAGGCAUGGAGGCAGGUGGCAGCGAGACCGGAGACAUUGAGCUUUGUGGACGUUCAUGAUGUUACGAACGUGGGAAGGGCUCAUUGCCUGGUUGACUGACGAAUGUUCACUUGCAAGCAUGGACGUUUAGGGAAGAUUCGAUAAGAGAGAUUCCAGAACAAGCAUAAGAAAACCGAAACCUGGUCCUGAAUCAAGAUGUUCACAAAUUGAAUUCUGAUGCAUUUGGUGUGUGAGGGACAAAGAUCUGAAUGAGACCAAGAAACUCGAAAGGGUUGAGGUUGGGUUGAAGCUGAGGUGGAUGUGGAGGUUUGAGGUUGAAAAAUCUGGUGGGCCUUUGUAAAGAUUGAAUUUUUAUUGAAACAGCCACAAGCUGCGAGUCAACUGACCAUUAAUCGGAUAUUUUAUUAAUUUUUGAGCCCCAAAG